UUUGCGUGAUGUGCUAUGCGAACAUGAUCAUUCAAACAACUCGGAUAUCUCGAUUUCUGAAUUAAGCUCAAUGCGUUUGCUUGGCGAGUUGAAAGAUAAUGAUAACCGUACAUGCUGGAAAGAGCAUAAUAUAUCACGUCUAAUAGCGUACAGGAUCAUAUUGAUUGGAUUCACUAUGAUUUUUGGACCACUCGUUUUAUUCAGCAUACAGAAAACAAAGUAUUUGCAAAUGCUUACUGUUGUUUAUCGAUGGUUGGCGUUUAUUUUAAUGAUAUGCAUUGCCCUCAAAAUGCUCGUCAUUGAUGGGGUAAGAGGACAUCCAGUUGUCGUAAAUUUUUAUGGUAUUCCCUCAUUGUUUGGCGCCUGUGUUUACUCGUUCAUGUGCCAUCAUUCGUUGCCCAGUUUAUUGGCACCAAUUAAACACAAGUCAAUGAUUAAAAAAAUUCUUUCAUACGAUUACAUUUUAAUUUGUUCGUUUUACAUAGUUCUCGCGAUUACAGGAAUUUUUGCAUUUGAGUACGUUGAAGAUCUGUAUACUUUGAAUUUUCUACCAUAUCACGCUACAUCUGAAAGUUUAUUUUCAACUUUUUUGAUUGUUAUCGAUUAUUUCCUGUCUUUGUUUCCGGUACUUACGUUAUCCACUAGUUAUCCACUUAUCGCUAUCACACUUAAAAACAAUCUUCAAACUUUGUUUUUGGACAUGUCCCAAUAUAAUUCGUAUAGCAUAUUGAUACGAGCACUUUUCCCCUUUUUAUCUAUUCUUUUACCAUUUUGUGUAACAUAUUUCACUGAAAACCUAUCUAUCCUAGUGGUAAUUACGGGGAGCUAUGCUGGAGUAGGUAUACAAUAUGUCAUACCUGUUUGCUUGGUCUAUUAUUCCCGUGUAACAUGUUCUGAACUACUAGGAAGUGGGAUUAAAAAUCAAUUUCAAAGUCCAUUUCAAUCAAAUAUGUGGCUAGUAAUGGUGUUAGCUUGGUCAGUAUUAUCCGUAUUCUUAGUGUCCAUUAAUUUGUUCAGCUAAU